CGCCACCACCACCAUGGUUCCAGCUGUCUGCGCUGCUCGAAAGGCUACGUGGUGAGACCGGGCCGAGCUACUGGCCCCACAGUCCGUAGCCGGGUGAGUGAACCUCAGACUAUUGCGGAGGUUCGAGAGCCUGCCUUACCUUCCAGAACGGGACAGUCUGACCUCUCAGGGUCCUCUUCCCCCCACCCUCUGUCAGGAAUGGGCUCGUCCGUUCCGCUCCUUUUCCAGCCCCCCGCCCCCGUGGAGGGAGGGUCUGGUUACCAUGGAAAGAGGCCGGUGCUCACCCUCAGCUUCUCCCCAGUAUUCAAGCUGUUGGAAGGUGGAACAUGGCGGGGUGGGAGGGAGAGCGGCUUGCUGUAGAUACUGCUGAGUGCUCUGGCCCUGCAGACUUCUUGUUGUGGCCUCAUUCGCCUCAGCUCCCCUUAGUUAUCUGCGCUCUUUCCCCCUAGCAAUGGGUUCCCCCCCUCCCCGGGCUGGCCAGGUGUCAGGAGGAGGGAGGAGGAUGGCUCGGGGAUGUGGGUUGUCAUGGUUAUCGAAGUUCUCCCUGCCAGCUGACUACACCUUGGACCCUGACCCCAAAGGCUCCGCCCUCGACCUCCACACUUCCCCUUCCCAUGGCUUGGAUACACGUGGAGACCACUGGGCGAAGGAGGCAGCAGCGGUGCUGAAACUGGAGGCCGGAGCCCUGGAGCCCUGGAGCCCUGGCCAUGGCCGGCCAGUUCCGCAGCUACGUGUGGGACCCCAUCCUGAUCGUCUCCCAGAUCGUCCUCAUGCAGAACGUGUACUAUGGCUCCCUGGGUCUGUGGUUGGCGCUGGUGGACAGCCUGGUGCAGAGCAGCCCCACUCUGGACCAGAUGUUCAGCCCGGAGAUCCUGGGCUUCUCUACUCCCCCUGGCCGUCUCUCCAUGAUGGCCUUCAUUCUCAAUGCUCUUACCUGGCAGGACCUGUGCGGGCCACCAAGGCUGGUGGGGGACACAUGGAGCAAGCGGCCUGCAGCGGGAGAGGAAGGAUGGACUUUACUCACCCACAGACUGCGGGCAGCCCCUGGGCCUCCGCCAUGCUGCUUCCCAGCUGCAGUACGCAGGCAGAGAAUCCUCGGUAUACCUGAAGGCAUUCUACCUGGACGUCUCGAGCCCUGACUGAAGAAGUCUCUGGAGUAGAAGGCAGGGAAGAGGAGGGAGGGAAUGGGAUGGAAUGAGCCAGCCCUGCUCGGUAUGGAGUCUUAGUUUAAGUCGCUACCCCAGCUCCCCCGACCACCACCCCAGUCCCCAGCCUGGUACUUGUCGGAUAUGACUGAACGACAUCUUGUCCCAGCCCCACCUCCAAACUCCAGUUCUCCUGUUGCUCCCUCUGUGCCCCAGAGAAAGCCUGCUCUUAAGCCACCACGGUUCACUCCUUUCUUUCAGGGCCCUCCCGGGCCCUUUAUUCCCAUCUUCCCAUCCCACCCCAGCUUUCAGUUAAGCUCAUUUUGCCCCAGGUAGUGAGAGAAAAAAGUAAGUUGGGGCUGAGCUGAGAAGAAAGGAACCAAGGCAGGCUCAAGGAGCAAGGGAGAGGUUCCGCGGAUAGAGAGCAAGAGGCCUGCCGGAGUGGGAGGUGGGCAGAGAGAGAGAGAGAAGAAACUGAAGGUAUUCUUAAAUAAGAAGAAACGCGGCGGGUGCGGAGGCUAAGCCUGGGCGCAGAGGCGGCCUGACAGCGCACACGCUCUAGGUCUGGAGAAUCACAGGCAGUUUGCCUUGCAAGAAGAGCGCGCAGCCUAGGAACUUAACUGGGAGGGCAGGCGCCACAGUCGCAGCCGCAAAGGGAAAAAAUGAGAGCGCAGAAGGGAGAGUUUGCCUUGGGAGGAGAGUGCGCACCUUGGGGGCUGGAGGCGGGAGGGCAGACGUUGAGGAGUGGACAGAGAGGGCGCGUCGCAGAGGGAUGCUGUGAACGCUUCAUCCUAUCUUGGGUGCCUUACCAAAGGAGGGCAGUAGCAGCAGCAGCGCCGAGAGCAGAAGACCCAACGCCAUGGUCCCUCUCAGCGCAGUCUUCGGGGUCCCAUGCGGAAGACAGAGCAGCGGAAUCCGGCGCCCAAACCGCUCACGCUUAGCUUCAUCUGCGCCAACCCGUUAGCUCCCACCGCCUGACUCCCUCCCCCUCCCUCCGUUGCCCAGUGUGCGGCUGCUUCACCGCCCCGGGUCCCGCACCUGGCCAGACUCACUGGCCAAGACCAACUGCCGCCGGGUCCCCACCAGAGGCUUGAUAACAGACAAGUAGUAUCAAAGGAGGACCUGUUGGACCGGAGUCCUACGAGGGAAAAAGUACUAACUGGAUUCCGAGGACUUGGAUCCAACCUUUCCUCUAAUGCUUACUACUUGUGUGAUCUUGGGCAAACCACCAACUCCCCGGACUCAUCUAUAAAGUGAGGGGGUGGGAACUGUGGCUUCUUAGGUUCCUUUCAGUUCAAAAUCAAAAUCUGUGAUCCUACGAUCCUAUAGUCAUAGACCCAAUACUCUUAUAGGGGAAGAAACUGAGGCCCAGAGUUAGAGUCAGGAAGGAAUCUCUGGCUAAAUUUAAAAUCCAGGUCUCCUGGUCCUCUACAUUUUUAAUCCAAU